AUGGCUUCUCAUCCAGUUCAUUCUCUGACUGAAUCCAGUCAAUCCAAGCCUAUUAGCUUGUUGUCAUCCUCACGGCAGAUUCUACAAGACACUCAGCCUUCACAACACCUUGAAUCACCUUCACCGGCCAUAGCUUCUGCCUUGACCGGCGCAACUGCGAAUUCCUUCACAAACUCUUUUUUACAGCUGCUGAUGCAGCAGCAGCUACAACAUCAAAUCCAGCUGCAGUUGCAGCAAUUGCAACAGGAACAGCUUUUUCAGCAGCGGGCUGCUCAGGCUCAACUGGAACAGCAGCAGGAUGAUGUUACGCAGCAAGUUAUGGAUCAUUUUAUGCAGUCCUUGAUUCCACUGGUUCAGGCUCAAAUGGCUACUGAAAAUCGCUCGUUGCAAAAACCACAGACUCCAUCGCCAUGGCAAGAUCCGUUGUCUAGUUUACCAUCCUUGGCAGCCAUAAAGCUAAUCACAGAUGCAGUAAACAACACAAUGGGGAAUGUCGCUGGUCAGGAUACACUGCAACAACAGCCAUUGUUGGAUAAACUACACCUGCCAGAUCUUAUAAACCUGGCUGCUCCUGCUGUAGGAAUGAACACUUUGCCAUCCUCUUUUUCAUUGCAGGGACUAUCUACCUUUCCGAAUAAAAGUCAGCCCUUUCGAUAUUCAUUUCCUGAUGCAAGCCCCAAAGGACACUCUGGACCUUAUGUACAAAAGGCAUGCCAGGCAUGUAAACUAGCACACACUGCAUGCGGUAAUGAACGGCCAUGUCAGGCAAGUUGGAAAUUUAACGCUAUAAGCCAUCAAAACCUGUGUAUUGGCUUGAGAUGUAUUCGUAACAACAAGACCCACGAAUGUGUAGAUGCAAGUCGUCGUAAGCGUGGUCGUCCAUCAAAUGUUGAAAGAGCAUUUCGUCAGCAGAACACCCAAAGUUUGUCAAAAUUAGAACCAUUAGUACUUUCAGGUUCUCAAUCGGUAGAAUCUAGCACCACAAUGACAAUUUUGCCUCAUACUGCAUCGAUUUUAGAAACAGUCAAAAUUACAACUCCCAUACCCGUUGCAUUGUCACCAUUUGGUCCAACAACAACUACAUCUGUUGCUGCAAUUGAAGAUAUUCCAUCAUCCACAGAUUCACAAACUGAAAACUCCGAGUCACCUACACCUGCAGUACAGGCUUUGAAGCGAAAAAGGCUGCAGAAAUUGACAAAGCCUUCCAGAUCGUUGAAAUAUUCUACUGCAGCUCAUUCGCGAGCUCAUUCGGCAUCAAAACACUCAAAUAAAGCAUCUACUGGUGCUUCAACGCAAAGACAGAUUCUGCCAUUUUUACCUCCAUCACAACAUACAGAUCUUCAAUCGUUUUAUCAAAAGUUAUUGGUACCUUCUACAGCACAACCGACUGUGUCAAAUGAAAUUCUACAGGCAAUUGCUACAUUGGCUGUUUUGCUUCCUGGGGGAAAUGCCACCACAGCUCCGGAUUAUGGUGCUAUUACUGCAGCCAUUUUAGCAUCUGUUCCACCACAGCCGCAACUUGCUUUAGGAAAUAUGAAUCCGUCACAGCUUGCAUCGGCAUUACAUCAGCCAUCGCUUUCGAUUCCCGCCCAAAACCAUCAACAUUCCUCACAAUCUUCAGCUGAUCUCCGUCACCUUUUGCACAACUGUCUCAUUCCACCAUUGCAGCCAUCUAAUUUUGAUACAGUGAUACCAACUAGUCAACCACGAGGAAAUGCCGUUCCAGAGGCAGCAACAGCAGCAGUCGAUCCAGCCCUUAUGGCUCUAUUUCAAACCCACAUUGCUGCUGCUUUACAACAGACAGGGCUAUUUGAUGCUGUUGGGGGUAAACCAAACUCAUUGUCAGAUGCAUAA